CUCCUACGCGAUGGACAGAGGAGGAAGGCAGAGGCAUGUGAGGAACACAGAGAAUGCAGAAAAAGCAGACUCGGGUUUGGUUUCCAGUUGCAGGAAAAGGAGAAGAGCAGGUAUAUGAUUCUCCAGUGUACAUGUCCACUGGACAAAGAAGCUCUGUAGGAUAACCCGACUGUGGCGGCUACCCUGACCCGGCAGCUCAUUCAUAACCAAUGCCACAUUAAUGACAAAGAUGAAUAGACGUGAAUAGAAGUGACACUGCUCAUGGAUUACUUUAUUCUCUCGCUUCAGCUCUUCCGGAUCUAAAACUCUUGACGGUUAAACACAAGUUCAUUUUAUCAGGUGGAGGAAAUGCCUGGUAAAAGAAAACUAUACACAGUUCCAGAGAAAUGGAAACCAAGGAAAAUCUGACUGCGUCUGAAUAAAAAAAACUGCAUCAUCGCUCCAUCUGUUCUUCAGACACUAGGAGCUCUUUUACACCAUGCCUUGAUUGAGGGAUUGGAAGGAGUGGAAUCUCACAGUGAGGGACUGAGUGGAGUUGUUUGCUUUGCAGCUUGCUUCUGCAGAUGUGAAGUCUUUCCGGAUCAGCUGAGUGGAGACUGUCUGUCUUUACAGAUCUUUUAGAAUCAGCCAUCUAACUCACUGGCUAAACCUUACAGAGAACUGUCAUGCGAGUAAAAAUCAGCUGAGAAGAUCUCUGCUGAGCGUGAACAUCUUUAUUUAUUUAUAUUUUUUCUUUUCUUCUUCUUCUACUGGGAGUGGUUCUGCUGUGAAGGAAUGGUGUUUGAAAUGAUUGUGUGUUUUUAUUAUGCUUAAGAAGGACUUCACUGUCCUUAACAUUCUAUUUUUAUCUUCCAAGCUGCCAUUCUUAUCACUAAAAGCCCACCGGUAGUGAAAAGCCAGGGGUUUCCAUAGAAAUCAGUCCUUAUGGGAAUCCACAGGAAGUGCGAGUAGAGGAUAGCAGAGGAAGGCUGAUGCUACACAUCCUUGUUUGGAGGGGCUUGGUGCCAAAGAUGGGUGUUUAUCCCGUACUGAACCCAUGACUUGGCAAGAGGAGAUCUUCAGUCACAGGGCGAGAUCAUCAACAUAGGAGUGCACUUUGGGGAAGUGGAGACAAGUUUAUUUAUUUAACGAUCUUAAUGCCCCUCACUGGAAUAGACGAGAAUUGUAUUUUUGAUGAAGCAAACAAUAUUCUGUUGCUGUGACAUUGCUACGUUUAUCAGACAAUCGUGUCAGUGUCUCACUGAGUGAUUAUGGUAUGAGGAACAUGUAUGCAGAUGAAGUAAUUUUGCACACUAACUGAUGAGCUAAGCUGUGAGAAAUGAAUUUUCACCCCUGCUGCUGCCUGUUUAUGGCACAAUUCUCUCUACAACCACUACAAGGGGUGAACUGAAAGUGUCUGUCUUGCCCCGAGUCCUUGCCCCAAAUCUUGGUUUGACUGCUUACUCGUCUUUUAAUAAGCCACCAAAACAACAUAUCCGAAGCUGGUUUCCGAAGGACAGCACAAUGGACGACUCUAGUAUUCUAAGACGGCGAGGUCUCCAGAAGGAGCUGAGCCUUCCCCGAAGAGGCAGUUUUUGUCGGACGAGCAACAGGAAGAGCCUGAUAGUGACCUCCAGCACCUCUCCCACUCUACCCAGACCUCACUCACCACUACACGGACAUACGGGGAGCAGCCCAUUGGACAGCCCACGCAAUUUCUCCCCCAACACUGCAGCCCACUUCUCCUUCGUGCCCGCCCGCAGUCACGGGCACAGGGCUGACAGGACGGAUGGCCGGCGCUGGUCUCUCGCCUCACUGCCCUCUUCAGGGUAUGGAACUAACACUCCCAGCUCAACCGUCUCAUCAUCAUGUUCAUCCCAGGAGAAGCUGCACCAGCUGCCCUUCCAGCCCACCGCCGACGAGCUGCACUUCCUCACAAAGCACUUCAGCUCCGAGAGCAUCACUGACGAAGAGGGCAGGAGAUCGCCAGCCAUGCGGCCACGCUCCCGCAGCCUCAGCCCUGGCCGCUCUCCCAUAUCCUUUGACCAUGAGAUCGUCAUGAUGAACCAUGUUUACAAAGAGCGCUUCCCAAAGGCCACGGCUCAGAUGGAGGUGCGUCUGGCCGAGUUCCUGUCCUCCUCAGCGCCAGAGAAGGUCAUGCAUCUGGCAGAUGGUGUCUUGAGCUUCAUCCACCACCAGGUGAUUGAGCUGUCCCGGGACUGCCUGGAGAAAUCGCGCGAGGGCCUCAUCACCUCCCGCUACUUUUAUGAGCUGCAGGAGAACCUGGAGAAACUGCUGCAGGAUGCUCAUGAGCGUUCGGAGAGUGUGGAGGUGACCUUCGUCACCCAGCUCAUUAAGAGGCUGAUGAUCAUCAUUGCUCGGCCUGCCCGGCUGCUGGAGUGUCUGGAAUUCGAUCCUGAGGAGUUCUAUCACCUGCUGGAAGCUGCAGAAGGCCAUGCAAAAGAAGGCCAGGGAAUCAAAUCAGACAUCCCUCGCUAUAUCAUCAGUCAGCUGGGCCUUACUAGAGACCCCUUGGAAGAAAUGGCCCAGCUGACCAGUUAUGACAGUGGAAGCUCAGAAACCCCCGAGACCGAAUGCUGCACUGACGCCUCAGAGAGUCGAGGUGCAACAGUGCAGCCGCCUCAGCCUCAGCCUCAGCCUCAGCCUCAGCCUCAGCCUCAGCCUAAGACCAAAACACCGAGAGAAGAGGACUUUGAGACCAUCAAACUCAUCAGUAACGGAGCUUACGGGGCUGUGUUUUUGGUGAGGCAUAAGGAGACACGUCAGCGGUUUGCCAUGAAAAAGAUCAACAAGCAGAACUUGAUUCUAAGGAACCAGAUCCAGCAAGCAUUUGUAGAGAGGGACAUCCUCACAUUUGCAGAGAACCCAUUCGUUGUCAGCUUUUUCUGCUCUUUCGAAACGCGCAGACAUCUCUGCAUGGUCAUGGAGUAUGUGGAGGGUGGGGACUGUGCCACUCUACUAAAGCACAUCGGUGCUCUGCCUGUGGAUAUGGCACGCAUGUACUUUGCUGAAACUGUACUGGCACUGGAAUACCUGCACAACUAUGGCAUUGUACACCGUGACCUCAAACCUGACAAUCUUCUAAUCACUUCAAUGGGACACAUCAAACUGACAGACUUUGGCCUGUCGAAGAUUGGCCUUAUGAGUCUCACCACAAACCUGUAUGAGGGCCACAUUGAGAAAGAUGCACGCGAGUUCUUAGAUAAACAGGUGUGCGGUACACCUGAAUAUAUUGCCCCGGAGGUGAUACUCAGACAGGGUUAUGGGAAACCAGUGGACUGGUGGGCUAUGGGAGUCAUCCUGUAUGAGUUUCUGGUGGGAUGUGCUCCUUUCUUUGGAGACACCCCAGAGGAGCUGUUUGGGCAAGUUAUCAGCGAUGAGAUAGUGUGGCCUGAGGGAGAUGAAGCUCUACCUCCAGACGCUCAAGACCUCAUCUCUAAACUGCUUCGACAAAACCCACUGGAGCGAUUGGGAACAGGAAGUGCAUUUGAGGUGAAGCAACACAGGUUCUUCAUUGAUCUGGACUGGAACAGUCUCCUCAGGCAGAAAGCUGAGUUUAUUCCUCAGCUUGAGUCUGAGGAGGAUACCAGCUACUUUGACACUCGCUCCGACAGAUAUCACCAUGUUGACUCCGAGGACGAGGAGGAUACAAACGACGAUGAGCAUGUGGAGAUCCGCCAGUUCUCCUCCUGCUCCCCACGAUUUAACAAGGUGUACAGCAGUAUGGAGCGUUUGUCCCUACAUGAGGAGAAGCGGACUCCUCCACCCACUAAACGCAGUCUCAGUGAGGAGGGCGGCGAGCGGUUCGACAGUCUCAGCAGCCUCAAGUCUCGGGACCGUAGCUGGAUGGUCGGCUCACCUGAAAUUUUGCGUAAGCGCCUGUCAGUGUCCGAGUCUUCACACACUGAGAGCGACUCCAGCCCCCCUCUAACGGUGCGCCGUCGCUGCUGCUCUGCAAUCAUCGAGAUGCCUCGCUUCGCUAUCUCCACUGAGGAGGAGAGCACCAGGAAGACUCCAAUCAGGGCUCAGCGCAGUGAAGAGCUCCCCUCUGCCAUCCCAGAACUCCCAGUGGAGAGGGAGCUCCGACUGGAUGAGUCUCCUAUUACGCCAGGCUCCACUUCCAGCCAAGCCACCCAUGGGACACUCACACCUGGUGAUUCCUUGGAUAGAGGAUCUCCUCGCUGCAGCAGUGAAGGAGCAGAUAAUUCCACUCCAAAAGCCAUAAGUGACCUGGCGGUCCGUCGUGCUCGCCAUAGACUGCUGUCAGGAGACACAGAGAAACACACGACACGGCCACUCAACAAGGUCAUCAAAUCAGCCUCGGCCACUGCACUGUCGCUCAUGAUUCCUACAGAGCACCAUGGAGCCUCUCCUCUGGCCAGCCCCAUGUCUCCUCACUCCCUGUCCUCCAAUCCAUCGUCUCGGGACUCAUCUCCCAGCAGGGACCUAUCAUCGGCUGUUUGCAGCGUGAAACCUGCCAUCGUUAUCCACCGCGCAGGCAAGAAGUAUGGCUUCACGCUGCGUGCCAUCCGUGUCUACAUGGGAGACACUGAUAUCUACACCGUACACCAUAUGGUCUGGCAUGUGGAGGAGGGAGGACCAGCUCAUGAAGCAGGUCUAAGAGAGGGAGACCUCAUCACACACGUUAAUGGAGAACCGGUCCACGGCCUUGUUCACACCGAGGUUGUGGAGCUCAUUCUCAAGAGUGGAAAUAAGGUGUCUAUAUCAGCCACUCCCUUUGAGAACACAUCCAUUAAGGUUGGUCCAGCUCGUAAAAGCAGCUACAAGUCAAAAAUGGCUCGGCGCAACAAGAAGACCAAGACAAGAGAGGGACAGGACAGUAAGAAGAGGAACUCCCUAUUUCGGAAGAUUACUAAGCAGGCAUCCCUCCUGCACACCAGUCGCAGCUUGUCCUCUUUAAAUCGUUCAGUGUCAUCGGGUGAGAGUGUACCUGGAUCUCCCACACACAUGUCCCCUCGCUCCCCGACGCAGGGCUAUCGGUCCACACCGGAUUCUUCCCAUUCUGUUGGGGGAAAUUCAUCUCAGAGCAGCUCUCCCAGUUCCAGUGUGCCAAACUCUCCUGCCAGCUCUGGUCAGAUCCGGCCCAGUUCCCUACAUGGCCUGGCCCCAAAGCUGCAGCGCCAGUACCGCUCCCCUCGACGCAAGUCUGCUGGUAACAUUCCUCUGUCUCCGCUGGCCCGUACCCCCUCACCAACGCCCCAGAGCACCUCCCCUCAGCGCUCCCCUUCUCCACUGCCCAGCCAUGCACUUUUGAGCUCUUCCAUCGGUCAGUCCUUUCCUGUAAAACUACACUCUUCUCCUCCGCUAGUGCGCCAGAUCGCUCGUCCGAAGAGUGCUGACCCACCUCGCUCCCCUCUUCUGAAACGUGUUCAAUCAGCUGAGAAACUGGCAGCUUCACUCUCAUCCUCCUCCUCGUCUCCCUCUCCUUCAUCUGCUGCCGAUAAGAAGUUGCCUGUGGGCACUGGUCGCAAGCACAGUCUGGAGAUCUCGCACACAGAAUUUAAGAAGGAGAUGCUCCAGCGGGAGCCAAGUUUGCAGAGCUUACAAGAGUGUGCUAGUGAGACCCUUCUUGGAGGCAGGGUGUCUCCAGCAGAGAAGGGAACUCUGCAGAAGCCUUUAGCCCGGAAGCUAGGUCGGCAGGAGGGCCCUGACUCUACCACUGGAUCGUUAGGGCUGGCUCCUGGUAAGAGCAAGCUGAAGGACAAGCUGUCAGCUAUUCGACAGGACCGUGCCGAACGCAGAGAGUCUCUGCAGAAGCAGGAUGCCAUCCAUGAAGUAGAUUCUUCCGAGGAUGAGACAGAUGAGGGUUCAGAGGAUAGCCAGGAUGGACGCAGGACAACUAUUGUCCCUCCUAGCCAUGUGCUUCGGCCCACAAGUGUGAUAGGAUCCCCACAUAUCAGGACAGGGCUGGCUUCUUUAACCUCUCUCUCUCUGACCCCAACCACAGUGGCUCAGCCCAGCUCCCCACAGCUCAGCCAAGGUCUACAAGCUCAAAACCAGAUGCAAGCCCAACUGCCAUCAUUGACAGAAGCUAAUGCUUCUGAGCAAAAACCCACCCAGACCUUGAUAUCCACUCCCUCUGCAGCCUCUACCUCAGCACUACCAGAAAAUUCCAGCGAGAGACGGGGAAAGGUUCAGGAUUCUGUGUCCAGCAGUAAAACACCUGGUCCUCAACCUAGCUCUCUGACCAGCACUUUUUCUACACCUGGUAGCGCAUUUACCACUGUCAGCAAGGACCCAUUUGUCAAACCCUCAGCACCCCCUCCAGAUCGUAGAACUGCCAAAGUGAGCAGCAAGCAAGAGCCCAGCACGGUGCCUGCCCGGGAACCCCAAACCACUACUCCUCCAACUGGGGGCAUCACUAAGGAGAUGAAGGAGGCAGACAACCGGAGACAAGCAGCAGCGGCUGCUGCAGCUGCCUCCUCCUCCUCUUCCUCCUCCAGCUCCACAGCUGCUGAAAGUGGAGUGGAUAAAGUGGUUUCCCAGCUGGCCACAGUGGCCAAGAGUGUGCUAGGGCCAGUAAAGCUCAACAUACCAGGGACCAAAGAAACCACUGAGCGAAGCAAAGAGGCCAGACCCCAGGCAGACAUGGUGCACCCAAAAAGCAAAGAUUCGCGUUUGAACAGUUCUCGUUCUCCUGAAAAAACAUUUCCAUCUGUUGCUUCUGUCUCCCAAACAGGGCGACAGUCUGAAUUGCCCACUCAGCAGUCCCCUGCGAUAUCCGAGUUACCUUCAACUUCGCAGAGGUUACAGGAGACUGCAGGAGCUUCAAAGAGGCCUUCCACCCCAAAAGACUGCUCAUCAGACCCAGGAUUGUCCCAAGACAGGCCAGGAACUCCAAGGAGCAGUGCCUCCCAGAGGCCCAGCCCUGAAGCCCAUUCCCAAAGUCAGGCCAAACCCACUUCCUCCACACAGCAAGACAAAUCCAGCAAGAAGACAUAGCAGCCCUGCACAGAAGAAAAUGACAACUCAUCGAGCAUGCAUGUUGAAAAAUAAAACACAUACUUCACACUAACCCUGAGAGGAAAGAAGUGAAAGAAGAAAAUGCAAGCAAAGGAGCUCAGCAGCUUCAAUGCUGAAUUGUUAUGUAGUGAGGGCUUUGGAUUGCUUUUAUUUUCCCCUUUUACCACUUUUCUCACCAUUGUUUUAUUAAGUUCAGAAAAAAAAGAAAAUAUGGGGCUAGAAAUAAACCAAUGUGAAAGAUAAAAAACUGUAACAUUCUGUGUGUUUUCACUUGAAUAUCACUUUUUCUCACUUUAUUUGCUGUUUUAGAUCUAGUGGUGCCUUAAUAUUAACUUAAAAUUCCUCCCUUAAGUCCUUUGCCAUUCAUUGAUGGAGGUUAGUUGUAUCUCAGCAAUAAAAUCAUCGUAUGCUUAGCAGUUUCUCUUUAAUGUAGGCAAAUCCUGCGUUAGGUUAGCUGAAAAACACCACGACAUUUUCCAUCAGUUGCUAUUACAGUGACGACCGCUUGAGUACUGUACAUAUAUGUAUGCCUGAUUUCUGAUCAUUCUGGAAUAAUUACUCCUCAGUAGUGAUAGUUAAUUAUAGUUGAUUUCCACAACAGAGCCUAUAAUAGUUAGUUAGUACCAGGUCUCCCAGGUUAGAACAAAAGGUUAAAUUCGUUGUGUGAUUAAAAUGUCAUUUUUUCAUCGUGUGUUUUCUUAGCUUGUAGCUGCCCAUUCAGAUCUGUUAUACUGAAACGUGGUUCAUCUGUGUUCUUAAACAUCUGGCCACAUGUACAUGCUUGAUGUAUAGAUGAUUGUAACAUGAUGGACUGAUAUUAAUGGCAUCGUCUGGUUUUAACGCUUGUAUUCAUACUGAAAAAGCACUCCAAAUUGGAAAUGUUUUGUUUUUAUUUCUAGCCCCUGCUCUCUUUUUUUAUUAUUAUUAUUAUUAUUAUUAAUAAUAAUAAUAACAACUGAAAGGUUUUUAUUUUUAGGAUCUGGACCAACUUGCUGUGUUCUUUCUGUAUAUUUGCCACUAAUCUUUUAAAGUCAGAAAACUUGUACAGGCUUGUUAAUGACUGAGUGAGGUGUGUGUGUGUGUGUGCGUGUGUGCACGUGUGCGCUUAUAUAAAUGAAUAUUUAAUGUUCUGUGUCAGUUUUAUAUCCGAGUGUAUUGGGAGUGUAUCUUGGAUUACAUUCUGUCCUUGCCAUUUCAGCUGUGUCUGAUUUAGAUUAUUACUAGCAGGCAAGGAUGUAUUUGCACAAUCCCUUUUUACUUUGUGUCAUAUGAAAAUGAAAACUAAUAAAAUACAGUCCAGUCAGA